UCAAUCUAAUACCGAGCAAAAGAAGCCUGUGGAAGAAGCUCCAUUAAUUGAUUUAUAACUGACAUUUUUAUUCCCAAAAAAUAAAAUAAAAUAAAUAACAUGAUAUUAAUAAAAAUAGUGCUCUGCAGAUAUAUACAAACACAUGCAUUUUUUUUUUAUUACUCACGAAUGAAAAAUGCCUGUAAAUAAUGAUGACAUUACAAAUAGAAUAAACAGAUUAGUGUCCAAUGACACUACUAUUUUAAAGAACCCAACUGAUGAGGAGUUAGCUCAACGUUUUACUAACGUUUUUUCAACUAAACCUAUAUCAACAACUAAAACAGGGAAAAACUCUUUCAAUAAUUAUCACAUACCAGAUGAUUUAUACUCUAGUCUUAACAUUGAUGAAGAAAUUGAGAAUAUAUUACAGGAAGAGGAUGGAAAGGAUGAUGCUCUAGAUGAGUAUAUAUACAAUAUAAUAAAAACAGAGAAGGAUGAUUCAACAUCAUUGAGAAAGAAUAAACAGAAGGAUGACUUGAACACAUCAACAAAAUUAGAUCAAAUUCAAAACAUCUUUUUGGGGAAUCCAUCCUUAGGCAAUGUAAUAAAUAACGAUGAAGAAGAUGAAUUAAUACAAAGGCUACAAACGGAAAAUUCCUUAGAAAUAAAAUACAAUCAAUUUAUGACAAAGCGAGAUCAAGAUUUAGAAGAGAGAUAUUUAAAAUUCAAAGCAAAUUCACCAGCAAUAAAUUUUACUGCUAAUAGCAGUAAGCCUAGAGGGUCAGUCCCAAAACCAAUUUCAGACGAUGACUUGUUACAUGAUGAAAUAGAUGAUUGGUGCUGUAAAGUGUAUACAUAUAUAUAUGCAUACAUAAAUAUAUUUCAAUACUUAGUCCUUAUAUACUAUUACGUUAGGUAUAUGCAAUGAAGAUGCUCAAAUUGAAUGUGAAGUUUGUGAUGAAGAAGAUAAUAAAUAUUGUAAAGAUUGCUUUUUCCAUAUUCAUCAAAGUGAAUCAGCAGAUUAUGAAGCAACAAAACAUACAUGGAGACCGUAUAAUAUUACUAGAAGAAGAAGAUGAAUAUGAUUCAUACAUUGUCUAAAUUAAAAUUACAUCAGUUGCUUUCUUUUUAUAUAUUUAUUAGUGCUGGUCAAGCAAACAGGUUUUAUACAAUCAAAGGGACUAUGCAAUAUGAAAUACUUUAACCAAUCAAAAGUAAUUGAAUGAAUAACUGGUGCUAUUUUUACAAGUUUGAUGAUGUUCUUUUCUUUUUCUUCAAAAAAAAAAAAAAAAAAAAUAAUAA